GCCGUAUUGCAUGGCUGCGUGACGUCUCUGGCAACACGACUUCCAGGACUCUGAGGGAUCGGCGGCCAGCAGGAUGCUAUUCCCACCUUCUGCGCAAGAGUCUCCGCGCGCCCUCCCAGACGCUAACGACCUGUGCCUCGGACUGCAGUCUCUCAGCCUGCCAGGGUGGGACAGGCCUUGGAGCACCCAGGAUUCGGAUGCUGCAGCCCAGCAGAGCACGCCGUCUGUCCUUAACAUGCUUGGCAAUCCUCUGGGGAAGCCGCCUUUGGGUUUCUUGUCGCUGGAUCCCAUCGGCUCUGAGCUGAUGGACAAUCUUUCAACCCCAACUCUGAGGAACUCCCAUUUGGACAGCGCUCGCUCGCUCCUGUUUUCACGCUCCAGUAGCCCUGCAGACUCCGACACCAGUGGAUUCAGCUCAAGCUCCGACCACCUUUCAGACUUAAUUUCCAGCCUCCAUAUCUCCCCGCCUCUGCCAUUCCUGCCUAUCGGUGGCAUUACCAGGGAUUCCCUCAGUGGAGCAGGACCCCACCUCAACCAAGAUCAAGCUGCUCUGGCGGCAGUUGCUUCCACCCCGGCCCCUUUGCCUAAGCAGCGGCCAGGAACAUCAACAUGGCCUCCUUGCAGCUUGUCGGAAGGUCCAGACGACCCGUUCAACAUCGAAAGGGAAGCCAGGCUUCACAAACAGGCAGCAGCUGUGAACGAGGCAACUUUCACAUGGUGUGGACAGCUUCCAGUACGAAAGUACAAGAAUCCCAUCUAUUCAUGUAAGGUGUUUCUGGGAGGCGUUCCCUGGGAUAUCACAGAAGCGGGUCUGAUCAGCACUUUCCGUGUGUUCGGCUCGCUGAAAGUGGAGUGGCCUGGUAAGGACAGCAAGCACCCCCGCUGCCCUCCCAAAGGGUAUGCCUACCUAGUGUUUGAGUCGGAGAAAUCUGUUCGGGCCCUGCUGCAGAACUGCUCCCAAGAUGUGCUAAGCUCCAGCGGUCUGAGUGAGUACUAUUUCAGGAUGGCCAGCCGCAGGAUGCGCUGCAAAGAGGUACAGGUAAUCCCCUGGGUCCUGGCAGACAGCAGUUUCGUGCGCAGCCCAACACAGAGGCUUGACCCUAGCAAAACUGUCUUUGUGGGCGCUCUUCAUGGCAUGUUGAAUGCAGAGGCCUUAGCGGGGAUCCUCAACGACCUGUUCGGCGGUGUGGUGUAUGCAGGGAUUGAUACAGACAAGCACAAGUAUCCGAUUGGAUCUGGACGGGUCACCUUCAACAAUCAGCACAGCUACCUGAAGGCGGUGUGCGCUGCGUUUGUGGAGAUCAAAACAGCCAAGUUUACCAAAAAGGUUCAGAUCGAUCCGUACCUGGAAGAUGCCAUAUGUCAAGUAUGCAAGUUUCAUCCAGGCCCCUUCUUCUGCAGAGACCAGGUCUGCUUCAAAUACUUCUGUCGUUCCUGCUGGCAUUGGAAACAUUCCAUGGAGAUCUUGCAUCACCACCGCCCACUGAUGCGCAAUCAGAAGAACAGAGACUCCAGCUAGAGCAGCGUUCCAAGGCACCAGGAGCUGCUUGUAGUUCCAGAGUUGGAGAGGAGCCUCUUCCGUUUACCUGCCGAGGAAGAGAGCCCAGGCAUGCUUGCCGGUGCCAGGCCCCAGGCUGGGGGGAAAACCCGUCUGAAGAACUUAACGGGGGAAUCUUGCCUUCUUCACGUU